UUAGCCAAUGGCAGUCGUGUGAGGAAGGUUGUUUUUUAAAAGGUUAAUUUAGCACUUCAUAAAGUGUUAAAUUAGUGAAAUGUUAUACAAAUUGUUUGUUAUCGUAUUCGCAAGCCAAUCUGCAUGGUGUCAAAUACCAAAAGAAAAUGGAUUAAGUAUCAAAGACGAUAAACCGAAAUGCAUACUUCCUGCUUACCCUAAACACGGCAGAUAUGUGACACAGGGCCGGACUGAUGGUAAACCAGGAUCUAUCUACGAAAGUAUAUUACUAAACGUCACUUGUGACAAGGGCUAUGUUGCGAAUGGACAAACCUCCAUUUUCUGCUUCGAAGGAAAUUGGUCGAAUCUUAUUCCAGACUGUAUACGUUACUGCGAACUUAAAUCACAUCCAAGUGUGACUUAUCAUUGUUUAGAAGGUGGUGAAAACAGUAUCAAAGGUGCAAAAGUAUGCGGUUCUUUAGUCCCCUCAGGAACUGUUGUGAGUGCGGAAUGCAAUAAGCCAUAUUACUAUCACUACGGCAUACACCCGUUCAUGCGCUGCAUUGACGGUGUUUUUGAUUACAUCGCGAUCUGUGAACUGGAAUGCGGAACAGUGACGCCGCAAGGCACCGAACUGAUAACAAACGCCCUUGAGGCUGAUAGAGCAGAGGUGCCGUGGCAUAUAGGAGUCUACCGGAAGUCAAAUGGAACCCACAUGUACCAGUGCGCUGGUAGUCUAAUAAGCACAUCAGCUAUCAUUUCAGUGGCUCACUGUUUCUGGGAUAAUUCUAGAACAGCGAAAAGGCCUGCAUCUAAUUUCGCAGUCGCCGCUGGGAAGCUGUACUUACUUUGGGACGAACCUAAAGAUGCAGAUUACGUCCAAAAACGCAACGUGAAAAGCAUACAACUACCUGCCAGAUUCUACGGAAGAAAAGCGAAUUAUCAAGAGGAUAUUGCUGUAUUGAUUGUCGAUCAACUAUUCGAACUGAAAUCUUACUUGAGACCUGUCUGCUUGAGUUUUGAUUUGAAUUUCAAUAAAGCACAAUUACGGAGCGGUAGGUCGGGCAAAUUCAGUGGUUGGGGUUUCACGGAGGAACUGCAACAGUCGUUAAGACUUCGGACUGUGGAUAUGCCGUACAUACCAAUCCAAGAAUGCCUCUCAAUAUUACCCGAAAAUUACAAUAUUUUACUCACCAAUGACAAAUUCUGCGCGGGUUAUACGAAUGGUACCGCAGUAUGCAACGGGGAUUCCGGUGGAGGUAUUACUUUCCCGGAGUUGGAGCGUGGCGUUUUAAGAUACUACUUGCGAGGUGUACUAUCGAUUUCGCCGGCUACAUCGAACACAUGCGAUAUGAAUAGUAUAGCAGGGUACACGGAGAUCUACAAACACCAAGUCUUCAUACAGGAGAGCGUAGAAGAUUCCCAGUGGAUGUGUGCUGACAAUACGUUUAUUAAAACAGCAUUGAGGUGCAAUGGUGUAAUAGACUGCCCUGAUGGCAGUGACGAGUCGACAUGUAAAACAUCACAGACUAACACGACGCAGAAUACGUUUGUCUGCAAAUUGCCGAAGUUUCCCGAUCACGGGACAUACACAGUACAAGGCGAAGAAAAUAUUCGGCCUGGAAUGGUGUUGAUGUCGGUAACGAUGAAAGUGGAAUGUCACCCAGGGUACAUGCUGCAGGGUCCAGAGGUAGUGACAUGUAACACAGGCAAAUGGUCUUCGGAAAUACCUCAAUGCUUACGAGAAUGUACAUUGAAGCCCUUAUUAAAACAAUCGAAUAUGGAAUUCCGGUGCGCUGCUAAAGACGGCUCGGAGAUAUCCUCUCUGUGCGAGGAACGGCAGCCGAAUGGUGCAGUAGUGCGGCCGGAGUGUAAGGCACCUUUUUACUACAGCCCCGCGCCGCUAUCUUUCAUGCAAUGUGUUGAAGGCACUUGGAAUUAUCUGCCAAAAUGCUCACAACAGUGCGGGAUAAUCGCAUCAAAUAAAGAAAGAAAAUCAGCAGUCCCAUACAAUGUCACUAGAGGAGCAUUACCUUGGCAUGCCACGAUAUAUACGAAGAAAACGAAACCGUAUUUAGCUUUAUGCGGGGGGACUAUCGUAAGCCGCACUACAGUGAUAUCAGCCGCCCAUUGCUUCUGGAGUGAAACUGAGAAACAACUGCCUAGUUCGUUAUUCGCGGUGGCGGUCGGCAAAAUCUACAGACCUUGGAACAAUAAGAGGGACGUAGAAGCACAAAAGAUGAAUGUCAAAAGCAUAACGUUACCUAAAAGGUUCUUAGGUGCUGCAACAAACUACCAGGACGACGUAGCAGUGGUGCUUCUCGCUGAACCUAUAGUAUACACUCUGAAUGUUCGUCCUGUGUGCCUCGACUUCGAUAGUGAUUUCAAUAGGAGACAAUUGGAACCGGGAGCAUUAGGAAAGGUGACAGGCUUUGGUUUGGUAGACACAGGAGCUGCAAAACCUCCACCGACACUGAAAUCAAUAGAUAUACCUUAUAUGGACAUUACCGAAUGUAUAAACAACGCGCCUAUGCAGUUCCGAGAGUAUAUAACCUCAGAUAAGAUCUGCGCUGGGUAUAGUAAUGGUACAGAUAUAUGCAAAGGUGAUGGAGGCGGAGGAUUGGUCUUCCCAGAGUUAGAGAAACAAGGAACUCGUUACUUCCUGCGUGGGAUCAUAUCGACCUCGCCGGUGCCUGAUCAAGCUGCUGGGAAUAGACAUUGUCAUAAUAUAGCAAUUAUUACUUUUACGGAAUUGUUUAAACAUGAACACUUCAUUAAAGAGAAUUUGGAGAUCGAUUUGCCUCAGUACGAUGUUAAACCAAAUGGAGGAGGCAGUUCAGUACGUUGUAACGUCAAUCAGUACCGCUGUACGUCAGGCGAGUGCAUUGAUGACGCAUCCAAGUGCGAUGGAAUAAGAGACUGCAAGGACGGCUCAGAUGAAUCUGAUGACGCUUGUUCGGAUGGCAAUCGGGGACAACAUCCAACAACAACAAUGAGGCCGACAACAACAACGACAACAACAACAAGAAGACCAACAACAACUGUUGCGCCUGAUAUGAAUGAAGUAGCAAUCACUGAGAAAUGCAUUUUACCUGCUCAACCUGACAACGGUGUGUACCACGUCUUGUGGCCUAAGGUGGAGGACGAGGAGGCUACCUUCGUUGUACUCCAAUACUCCUGCUACAAGAGGUUCGCGAUGCUGGAAGACCCUAAGGUCUUCUGCUCAGAAGGACUGUGGUCUGGACAGAGGCUCCCACAGUGUUUGCAAACCUGUUAUUUGGAUAAACACGAAAGUAUAAACUAUAACUGUAUCAUAGAGGGUACGGAAACGACAAGACCUUGUAAAGAAUACGAAGUGGAAGGUACCGUGAUCCAGCCGACGUGCAAGGAGCCUAAUUAUUACACCCCGCUCGAGUUGCCUUAUAUGGUCUGUAGAAGAGGCCAAUGGAGUUCCUCCCCUACAUGUGUUCCUGAGUGCGGUACUUUAACUCCUAAGGGUGCACCACUGGUGCUGGGCGGCGAGACAGCGAAGUUCGGCGAUGUUCCAUGGCAUGCUGGCAUCUAUUUCAAGAACGUCGAGAAUGGAACACACGAUCAGAUCUGCGGCGGGUCUCUGAUCAGCAACUCCGUCGUACUGUCAGCUGCUCAUUGCUUUUGGAACGAAAGAGAAAAGAAGUUAUUCAGCAUUAAAAGCUACGCAGUGGCGGUCGGCAAAUUGCACCGAGAUUGGGACAACGUCGCCGACGAGCCGUACGCACAGAAAUCUGACAUUGAGAAGAUAGUUAUAUCGAAGUACUAUCAGGGCCGCGAUCUGUACUACAGGGACGACAUCGCUAUCGUAAUGGUGUCAGGACCCUUCCAGUACCAGACGUACGUGCGACCUGUCUGCCUAGACUUUAGGCAUGACUUCGCCGAGAGCCAGCUGCAGCCUGGCGCUGAAGGAAAGGCGGCGGGUUGGGGCCUCACCACCGGCCUCAAGGGUUCCGAGUCCCGAGAACUGAAGGUAGUCGACAUGCCUUACGUGUCUUAUGUAGACUGCGUGCGUCAAACAUCGCAUGCGUACAAACAAUUCAUCACGUAUGAUAAAAUAUGUGCUGGAGAUAUCAAGGGUAUAAUGCUUUGUCGUGGCGAUAGUGGUGGUGGUCUUGCAUUCCCUGAGACCGUGUUUAAUACUGUAAGAUUCUAUAUUCGUGGCAUCGCGUCAACAAGUCCACCUUCGAAUGAUAACAGUUUGUGUAACACGCACUCGCUCACAGGAUUCACUGCCAUCUCUAUGUAUCAGAAUUUAAUUAAAACGCACUGGCUCACAUAACCCUAGUGAAUAUUUUUUAUACAUAGACUGAUAUUAAAUUUGUCAAUAGACGUUUUGACCCUCUACAUGAAGUUACAAUUUGAUAAUUUGAUACUAUAGGUAAAUCGCGUUGGGCUACAAUCGAUUUUAUUUUAAUACUAGCUGUUCCCGUACGGCUUCAUCGGCAUGAAAUUAUAAAAACUUUCU